UCAAUUCGGCGAUUUAGUUAUAAGUUGGGACGCAAUCAAAGCGAACACAUAUCAUCUUGUCUUGCAGUGACAGUUUUUUUCCCUCUCGCUUGUUUGCUCGCUCUUAAAAUUUUUUCUGCGAAAAUUUUGCCAUUAGAAUUGUUCUCGUUUUCAAUUGCAUCAUUGGAUUUUUCGGACUUUUAAUUACCAACAUCAUAUAAAUCGGUGUAUUUUUUUUUGUUUCGAUUAUCAUCGUUGUCAACUUCGUCAAAAUGAGAGAAAUCGUACAUUUACAAGCCGGUCAGUGCGGCAAUCAAAUCGGAGCCAAGUUCUGGGAAAUUAUUUCAGAAGAACAUGGUAUUGACAAGUCUGGAACAUACAUGGGCGAUAGCGAUUUACAAUUGGAACGUAUUAGUGUUUACUAUAACGAAGCUUCAGCUGUAUCACGUUCAUCGGGAGGUAAAUAUGUGCCACGUGCCAUUCUGUUAGAUUUAGAACCAGGAACUAUGGAAGCAGUUCGAUCUGGUGCUUACGGUCCACUUUUUCGACCAGAUAAUUUUGUAUUCGGACAAUCUGGAGCCGGUAACAAUUGGGCCAAAGGGCAUUACACGGAAGGUGCCGAGUUAGUUGACUCUGUAUUGGAUGUUGUUCGCAAAGAAUGUGAAAAUUGUGACUGUCUGCAAGGUUUUCAACUUACUCACAGUUUGGGCGGAGGCACUGGCUCUGGCAUGGGCACAUUGCUCAUUUCGAAAAUCCGCGAAGAAUAUCCGGAUCGAAUUAUGAACACAUAUUCAGUCGUACCAUCACCAAAAGUGUCUGACACAGUCGUUGAACCGUACAAUGCAACGCUAUCUAUUCAUCAACUGGUUGAGAAUACCGAUGAAACCUAUUGCAUUGACAACGAAGCGUUGUACGACAUUUGUUUCCGUACACUUAAAGUUCCAAAUCCAAAGUACAGCGAUCUCAAUCACUUGGUGUCGCUGACAAUGUCUGGCGUUACCACUUGUCUUCGAUUUCCUGGUCAAUUGAAUGCCGAUUUACGUAAAUUGGCUGUAAAUAUGGUUCCAUUCCCACGUCUUCAUUUCUUCAUGCCCGGAUUUGCACCGCUUGUAUCACGCAACGCACAAAACUAUCGUGCCCUCACCGUACCAGAGUUGACACAGCAAAUGUUCGAUGCAAAGAACAUGAUGGCUGCGUGCGAUCCACGACACGGUCGUUACCUUACCGUUGCAGCCGUUUUUCGUGGUCAUAUGUCGAUGAAAGAGGUGGAUGAGCAAAUGUUGGCUGUACAGAACAAAAACAGUAGCUACUUUGUUGAAUGGAUUCCAAACAAUGUGAAAACAGCUGUUUGUGAUAUUCCACCGAAAGGAUUGAAAAUGUCAUCGACCUUUAUUGGAAACACUACAGCCAUUCAAGAAUUGUUCAAACGUAUUUCGGAGCAAUUCAGUGCGAUGUUCCGUCGUAAAGCUUUCUUGCAUUGGUACACUGGCGAGGGAAUGGACGAAAUGGAAUUCACUGAAGCCGAAAGUAAUUGCAAUGAUUUGGUGUCCGAAUAUCAACAAUACCAAGAGGCCACCGCCGAUGAUGAAUUUGAACAAGAGGAUGUUCCGGAAGAGGUCGAAGACGAAUGCGUUUAAAUAACCGCAUAAACCAAUCUAUUUUUAACAAAACAAUUGCACAUCUCAACUUUGUAACUCAUUUUGAUUUUUCGUGUUUUAUACUCUCUUUUUUUUUGUCUAUCGAUAAAAAUGAACACAAACAAAAUGUUUCUCCUUUUUGCUCUCAAACAAAACUUAUUUUAUUCAAAUCUGUAACUUUAUCAAUGCCAAAAGAACAUUAUUGCAACAUAUUAAAUGAUAUUUUCAGUUAACAAUCUCUAUUUAGUCCCUUCAGUUAAUUUAAAAU